AAUGUAAAAAUACGCAUUUUUAUCAGACAAAAUACUUUUUCCAGUGAAUAGCACUUUUAGUGAUUGAAAAACUUCUUAAUUGCUUGUUGUAUGUACUUUGUUUGUGAGAAUACGCUUAAAACUUUUCGGUAAAGAGUUGAGUGAAUCACAGACAAACAUUAAUUAUUGUCUAUGCUUUAGAUGGCGAAAUUUUUGCUACAUUAUUUGGUCUCAAACCGUGUACUCUAUUAGCACAUUACGAAAUGCCUGAGUAUGCUACAGGUCUUGUUGAAAAAGCACUAAAACCAAUGUUUGAUGAAUUUCAAUUAGAAAAAGAAGGAUUCGAAUUAUGGAAAUUGAAACCACCACUGACAGAACUUUACAAAGGUGGUUGGAUGUUCGUGAAUAAAAGACACAAACGAUAUUCACUUGUGAAACAAAUUUUUACGACUACUUCUUCAUCUAUCAAUACGGUCGAUAUUGGACGUGCACUUGGUUAUCCACUACCAUAUGGGAAAUAUACAAUUCAAUAUAUGGAUGAUACUGAAUCGAAGGAACGUAACACAUGCUGUGUGCCGAUGGUAGAAUAUAAGGUUGGCGAAGGAAAUUUUGAUACUAUUCAUCGGCAUUUUGAUCAAUAUGCAAAAUUAUGGCAAAAAAUUGGCAGAAACCUGACUAUCGAUCUCUCUGAACAUCCAUCAAUGGAAAAAUGGUUUAUGGCCAUAAAAAAUAGACAAAAAAAAUAG